CUCGGAUCUCCUAGGUGCAGCGUGUACGAACCUUCUCGUUAUGGCGGAACCGGCAGGCUCCAAAGCCGUCGCGCGCCUCCUCGCGCUCCUGCGCACGCUCUCCGCAUAUACGCGCGGAGUGAAGGCACUUGUGGGCUCCUCUGCUGCGCUUGGUGCUCUGUUACUCGUCUUGCGGUACUAUGUCUUCUCCAAGCGGGGCGUCGUGCCGUAUAUCAUCAACGAGCCGGGGCGUGUCGGGCGGCGCGUGGCGGGAGGCAAGACGGCGGCGGGCGGCGAGGACAAGGACAGGGGCGUGUACGACGUGGUGAUUGUGGGCGGAGGGACCGCCGGCUGUGUGCUCGCCUCUCGCCUCUCGGAGGACCCGAACGUCCGGGUGCUGCUGCUGGAGGCGGGCAAGAGCUCCCGCUUGACGCGGUUCUCGCAGGUCCCAUCGCUAUACCACCAGUUCUUCCACUCGCGGCAUGAUUACAACCUGUACACUGUCCCGCAGAAGCAUGCGGCGUCAAAGAAGAAGUACUGGCCAAGAGGUAAGGUCUUGGGUGGAUGCUCUUCGGUGAACGCGAUGAUCUUCCACCACGGUGCACCGUCAGAUUACGAUGAAUGGGCGAGACUUCAAGGGGGGCAGGAAGGCGCAGAGGGGUGGUCGUAUGAGCAAUUCAAUAGGUAUUUUCUCAAGUUCGAAAGAUUUCAUCCAAGCAGGGAGUAUCCCCAUGUCGACGUGUCCCUCAGAGGAUCUGCUGGUCCCGUUCAAGUCGGCCACUUUGGCAACACUUCUCCCCUGACCAGGAAAUUCCUCGAUGCAUGCGACAAUGCUGGUGUUACACGUAACCCAGAUUUUAACACACCCAAGGGAACGCUUGGCUCAAGCAAGGUAAUGACAUUCAUUGACUCCAGAGGACGUCGCGUGACAACAGAGUCAUCGUACUUGACGCCCGAGGUGCUCGCAAGAGCAAAUUUGACGGUAGCGACUCGAGCAACUGUCACGCGCAUACUCUUCGAGUACGUGCAGAAAGGCGAGGAGAAGCUUCCCAAGGCUGUUGGGGUGCGGUAUGUGAACCUACAGGGUGAGGUAUUUGAGGUCGCAGCGCGUAAGGAAGUCAUCGUAUCAGCGGGCGCGAUCCAUACACCUCAAAUUCUCAUGCUCUCUGGCGUUGGCCCAGUCGAGCACCUUGCAGAGCACAACAUCCCCGUUGUGGCCGAUCUCCCUGGCGUUGGGUCCCACCUCAUGGAUCAUCCCGUAAUUGACUACCACUUCAUGGACAGAAGUCGAAUUCGGCAGUCGCGCCUACCGUCGGAUAACCCUCAUCACCAUCCCAGUGUGAAGAAUGUUCUGCGGAUGGUUGCUUUAUUGCUGCAGUACCAACUUACGGGGAAAGGAAUAUUGUCGUCGAAUAUUGCGGAGGCGGCAGCGUUCGUGCGAUCAUCUGACCCGAAGCUGUUUUCUGAAGGCCCGCUCGCCGAGGACACCACGUCCGGUCCCGGUGCACCUGAUAUCGAGAUUUUCUUUUCGCCGCUGUCGUACAUCGAGCACGGAGAUCAUCACCUGCCCUCGGGACAUUACUUCGGAUUGCAUACCGUUCUGUUGAGACCGACGAGCGUCGGGACAGUCCGUCUGCAGUCAAGCAGUCCAAUCGACCCACCCAUCAUCGACCCCGAAUACCUUUCCACGCAGCAGGAUAUCUCCGUGCUCGUCCGCGCAGCUCGCCUGCUCUCGCGUAUCGUGCACACUGAGCCCUUGGCAUCUGUCGUCGACCCCGCGGGCGAUGACGAACCGCUGCUCAAUCACUCUCUGGAUAAGAUGUCCGACGACGAAAUUGCCGAGCUAAUCAGGGAUCGUGUAGAGACGCUGUAUCACCCAACGAGCACCGCGCGCAUGCUGCCGCGCGAGCAGGGGGGUGUGGUAGACCCGUUUUUGUGCGUUCACGGCGUGAAUGGGCUGAGGGUUGUGGACGCGUCUAUAUUUCCGACGAUCACUUCAGGCCACACGGUAUCCCCGGCGAUUGCCGUAGCUGAGAAGGCAGCAGAUUUGAUUCUAGAGAGCUUCUAUGUUGUUUGAGGGUAGCAAUUUAUGUGACUUGCAUUGUCUCAUGUUCUAGGUAAUGUAAGCUGCUGUGUAACCGUUGCAUAUCUCACCCAUUCGACUC